UAUAUAAUAGGUCUCCUCAUCUCUUCUAAACUUCCCCCGGUCUUCGGCCUGAGCUGUAUGCGAUCACAGUGAAGUAACACUUCCAAAGACGAUCACAGUGACGGUGUGCCGGACUGCCGGUGCCCAACUCAUACGCAAAUUGAAUUCCUCUACAACCUCUCAUAAGUCAUAAGCAAAGCUCGAAUUGCAGAAGUUCGUUCCAGAAGGAGGUGCAUUAUGCCGUCAUACACCCCAAAGAACAUUCUAAUUACUGGUGCGGCUGGAUUCAUUGCAUCCCAUGUCGCGAAUCGACUUAUUAGAAGUUACCCUGAUUACAAGAUUGUCGUGCUUGACAAGCUCGAUUACUGCUCAAACCUUAAGAAUCUACGCCCUUCUCAAUCAUCCCCGAAUUUUAAAUUCGUCAAGGGGGACAUUGCUAGUGCCGAUCUUGUAAACUACCUUCUCAUCACCGAGUCCAUUGAUACGAUCAUGCACUUUGCAGCACAAACCCAUGUUGAUAAUUCUUUUGGUAAUAGCUUUGAGUUUACCAAGAACAACAUUUACGGUACUCAUGUCCUUCUAGAAGCCUGUAAGGUCACUGGGCAGAUUAGGAGGUUCAUCCAUGUUAGUACAGACGAGGUUUAUGGGGAGACAGAUGAGGAUGCUGUUGUGGGUAAUCACGAGGCUUCUCAGCUUCUUCCUACAAACCCUUACUCUGCUACAAAAGCUGGUGCUGAGAUGCUUGUUAUGGCUUAUGGAAGAUCAUAUGGUUUGCCAGUUAUUACAACCCGAGGAAACAACGUGUAUGGACCCAACCAGUUUCCUGAGAAAUUGAUCCCGAAAUUCAUUCUUCUCGCCAUGAGGGGGAAGCCUCUUCCAAUUCAUGGUGAUGGAUCUAAUGUGAGAAGCUAUCUUUACUGUGAGGAUGUUGCAGAGGCCUUUGAGGUCAUUCUCCACAAGGGAGAAGUUGGCCAUGUGUACAACAUUGGGACGAAGAAGGAGAGGAGAGUCAUUGAUGUGGCCACGGAUGUAUGCAAACUGUUCUCAAUGGAUCCGGAAGCAAGCAUCAAGUUCGUUGAGAACCGACCAUUUAACGAUCAGAGGUACUUCCUUGAUGAUGAGAAACUGAAGAUCUUAGGGUGGUCAGAGCGUACCACUUGGGAAGAGGGUCUGAAGAAGACGAUGGAGUGGUAUACGAGUAAUCCUGAUUGGUGUGAUGUCUCAGGAGCAUUGCUUCCUCAUCCAAGAAUGCUAAUGAUGCCUGGUGGCAUUGAGAGGCAUUUUGAGGAAUCUGACAAUGAGAAUGCUGCUUCUUCAGAAUUCCCCAACAACCAAUCUCGGAUGGUAGUACCUGUUUCCAAGAACUGCAAUUCUCCUCGUAAGCCGUCUCUCAAGUUCUUGAUCUAUGGUAAAACUGGCUGGAUUGGUGGUCUACUUGGCCAAUUGUGUGAAAAGCAAGGUAUUGCUUUUGAGUAUGGAAAGGGCCGUUUGGAAAACCGAGCAUCUCUUAUUGCUGAUAUCCAGAAUCUUAAGCCUACUCAUGUCUUCAAUGCUGCUGGUGUAACUGGUAGACCUAAUGUUGACUGGUAAUCUCACAAAACAGAGACAAUUCGUGCCAAUGUUGCUGGUACUUUGACCUUGGCUGAUGUCUGCAGAGAGAAUGGGCUACUUAUGAUGAAUUUUGCCACUGGUUGUAUCUUCGAGUAUGAUGCUAAACAUCCUUUGGGCUCCGGGAUUGGCUUCAAGGAGGAGGACACACCCAACUUCACUGGUUCUUUCUACUCAAAGACCAAGGCUAUGGUGGAGGAGCUUCUGAAAGAUUUCGAUAAUGUUUGCACCCUCAGGGUCCGAAUGCCCAUAUCCUCAGACCUCAACAACCCACGGAACUUCAUCACAAAGAUCUCUCGCUACAGCAAGGUGGUCAACAUUCCCAACAGCAUGACAGUUUUGGAUGAGCUUUUACCCAUUUCCAUUGAGAUGGCCAAGCGGAAUCUCAGGGGCAUUUGGAACUUCACAAACCCAGGGGUGGUUAGCCAAGAGAUUCUUGAGAUGUACAAGAAUUACAUGGACCCGAACUUCAGCUGGGCGAACUUCACACUUGAAGAGCAAGCCAAGGUUAUUGUUGCCCCAAGAAGCAACAAUGAGAUGGAUGCCUCCAAGUUGAAUAAAGAAUUCCCUGAGUUGCUACAUAUCAAGGACUCGCUAAUCAAGUAUGUUUUUGAGCCAAACAAGAAAACCAACUAUUCUGCUUGAGAGAGUGAUCUUUUAACUAUGCAUUAUUCAAAAUUGUUGUAGUAAACAGAUUGCAUUUUUUACCAGUAGGCAAUGUUGUCGAGUAGCUACAUCGAGUGGUUUAUGGACGAAAGCAUUCAUUAUUAGCUUCAUUUCUUGUUGUUUCCAA